AUGAACGCCUAUCAACAUGUCAACCAUCAAUUGAGUUAUUUUGAUGUGACAAUCCUAAUAGCUUACUGUGUUCUGUUAGUUGGCGGUGGUUUCUAUUCCAUGUAUAAACACAAUCGUUCGACGGUCAAAGGAUAUUUUCUUGCGAACCGACAGAUGCCCUGGUUGUGUAUCGGAGCAAGUUUAUUCGCAUCGAACAUCGGUGCUGAGCAUUUCAUUGGUUUAGCAAGUUCCGGUGCGGCAAAAGGUAUAAGUGCUGGUGCGUACGAGUUACAUUCGCUUUCAGCUCUUCAACUGCUUGGUUGGGUGUUUUUACCAGUUUUUAUCGCCACCGGUGUCUCAACGCUACCCGAAUAUAUGAGUAAACGAUUUGGUGGACAACGCAUUCGAAUCUACAUCGCUUGUCUCUAUCUUUUGCUCUACAUUCUCACAAAAAUCAGCGUAAAUAUCUAUGCAGCAGCACUGUUUAUUAAUUAUGCUUUCCAUUGGAAUAUAUAUCUAAGUGUUUUAUUCGUUCUGACUCUAACGGCAAUCUGUACGGUGUCCGGUGGUUUAGCAAGUGUGAUGUACACUGACACGAUUCAAGCAGUAAUUAUGAUCAUCGGAGGAUUUCUAUUGAUGAUUCUAUCCUAUCAAAAAGUUGGUGGAANGUUCGAAAUUCCUGGGGGAGAUAAAGGCUACUGUUAUAUUCCAUAUGAUUAUAUAACUGAUUCGAAUCUUUGCUUCGAUGUUUGGACUGUGCGAAAAGUAGCGACAGAUGAUUUUGGCCAAGAUCAUUGGGAUACCGACGAUUCGGUUGAUUAUCGACAAAUGGGUAGUUAUGGUGAUGAUAAUGACAAUCCUGCAAUCGAAGAUCUGAAUGAAGAUGAUGAAUGA